AUGGGACCAUAUUUGACACACUUUGCAGUGCUUUGCGCAUUCCUGGCCAGUUUGAGUGUAGAAAUUCACGCCCUCUCCCCGGACUAUUCUGCAUGCCAAUUACAUCAGAAUGCGGAAACUUCCCCCUUGACUGGAUGCCCAGAUGGAACGCUAUUUGUGUCACCCACAGAUAGCAGAGCAGGCUUUAAAACUGUCCAAGCUGCUGUGGAGUCCCUGCCAGAGACGGGCGACGCAAUAAUUCUGAUUGGAGCGGGAGAAUACUUUGAAAGGGUCAAUGUUGCGCGGUCUGCGCCGCUCACUCUUCUGGGCCAGCUUGAUCCCAACACUGCUCGCGACCCAGCUGGGAAUGCUUCUCAGCGCAACCUUGUUCACAUUUGGAGCAAUUUACAUCUUCUGUCUGGGAUGAACGACCUGGAGACUGCGACUCUGACCGUCGCACCUCGCUCUGGACAGCAGUUCGGUAACAUUGACUUCAAAGCCUAUAAUAUCGACUUCGAAAAUCGUGCUGCCAAUUACGCGAUUUCUCAAGCUCUCGCUGUAGCCUUCGUAUCAGCAAAUGUUUCUUUCUAUGGCUGCUCCUUUGCAAGCUAUCAGGAUACGUGGUUCACCGGCCCCGGCGCACAUUCAUAUGCUGUUGGCAGUAUAAUAUACGGUCAAGCUGAUUAUCUUUUCGGAUUUGGCACGGCCUGGUUUCAAAAUGUGAUUUUGGCCAAUCGAGCUUGUAAUGGUGGUAUCGUAGCAUGGCGAGGUACAGAAGGAACCAGGACUGGGGCAUUCAUCGCUGAUUCGAAAAUCAUCCGCUCCCCAGAUGCAAAUACCACUACCGUUACUGAUGGCCAUUGCUACCUCGGACGCCCCUGGAAUCCCCUGGCUGUCACCGUAUAUUUGCGCACAUACAUGGAUAAGAGCAUUCAUCCUAAUGGUUUCACCCACUGGUCCAAAGCAACAAGUGUUCCACGCACCACGUAUUUCGCAGAGUAUAAGUCGUCUGGUCCUGGAGGGGACACGUCGAAACGUAUACCCCAAGAAUUUAUCCUGACUGACGCGCAGGUGGAGAAAAAUUUCACGUUGGAAUCAGUGUUUGCUGGUACACCAUCGUGGAUUGACUUUAAAUAUGGGCAUUGA